UUCGUAUGUUAGCGCGGAUAAUUCUAUCCCACAGUGUAUUCCGCGUCGAAGCCAGGGACUCGCAUGGCUUCAGCCCUUCAAAGCGCGCGAGCUCUCUCCCAUGGCAGAACCCUCCGUCACUUUGCCUCUCAAAAUCUUUGCUUGAUACGAAGUCAUUGCCGCCUCGUAGUGAUCUGCUCGUCACCAUCACAUUCCUCACUGUCCACCAGCCGGAGGCCACCUCCUGUUGGCCGGCGUUCCGCCGCGCUAGCCGUCCUUUUCCUCCACUGCCUUUCCGUUUCCUCUAAAAGUGCAGCUGCAGGUAGCCCUUUCGACAAGUAUGUUAAGAGGAAAAAGCUUGAACCAUUGGAGGCAUAUGUACCUGCCGUUUUAUUGACUGAAGAACAGUUCAAAGAUUUGGAGGAUUCUUUGGAUGCUGAGCAACCGAAGUAUGAUAUAAGUAGAUCUUUACUGCGUUCUGGUCCAGCUGCAUCUCUUCGAGUAAAUAUUAGAGCUGUGGCGCAAUAUGCUGAUGAUGAUGGCAAAGGCAAAGCAGCUUCUGAUGCUGUUGACCGAUGUUUGAGAGCCUUGGAGGAUCUUGAUUCGCUUCUGUUGCAUGCAUUAAGGAAUGAUCCAACGGCCACUAUAAAAUCCAUGAAAAUUAAAAUCAAUGUUGCAUUGGAAUCCUUGGAUAGCCUCCUGCAAACAGUACCAGCUUCAGUGCUAGAUAAAGGGAAGGCCAUUGCUGAUUCAUACAGAGUUCCUUAUUUACCAACUGAGGAAAAGAAGUCUGAAGAAUUAGAUCCAGAAUUGAAAAAGUUGGAAGCAAUCCUUUAAAAGCUUUUAGGCUUCGUUUGGGACAACUUUCUUUUUGCUUUUUAAAGCAAAAAUUUUAAUUUUUAUGUUAAGAAAUUUCUUUAAGAAGCAACAAGAAAACCGUCCCAAACAAAGCCUUAGUUUCAUCCACAUGGUACAUUUCUUCGAACACUUAUAAGCUUCUUAAUUAUAGCAUUUCUUGGAACCUCUUAAAUCCUUAGAAUCUUUUGUGAGAUUCUUAAGAAAAUGAACUAAACUUUAGUUCUUUUACACCAUUAACGUGAUAUGUAGAUCCCUUAUGUAAAUGUUAUUUCAAAACCUCAUAGUUGCGCUUAAUUAUUC